AUGGUUGCCGUUCAGAACUAUUCAGUCGCCAACUAUAAUGCCAUCCCCGACCUGCAUGUCGCAAAGCAUAGGUUCGAGGAAAUCGGCGGUGAAAAGUUAGUUGAGGAAACAUUCCUUGAGCUAUUCCGCCGCCACGGCGUUGAUAAGACCUUCGGCCUCUCCAUGGUGCACCGCCAUUUUGAGCUGAACGGGGAAGAACGCUUGGUUGAAUUCCGAGGCACUGCCGUACCCUGGGAGAAGGUCGAUGAGCUGAACAACCCAGGCAUUACGGCGGCCAAUUGGGAAGUUACCCCAGAGGGAAUUCGCCCGUACGAAUUUAAGCUCGAUCCAGCAUCAGUUGGGUCCCAAGGAAUCGAUUUCAACGAUCCCAAGAUUCAGGCCUUCGCCGCCGAGUUUCUGGAGCUGAUUCAGAGCGUGGAUGCGACUGGCCUUUUUGGUCUUUGCGUCUACCCGGGAGACGACUUCGAAACCACCAUCGAAACCACCGAGGGUCGCGCUAACAUUACCUUUCCAUUGAAGCCCGACAGCAAAAUAGACAACACUGCCGACGCGGCCUGGUUUUUCUCCCCUGCGGUUUGGGGAAGGAGGGGGAAGUGUGUGUGCAUUUACAAUCUUUGGGGCACUCACAAGUAUCACAUGUGGCAAGGCUAA